CCUAAAACUUCCAAGAUGGUUUCAUUUAAAUAACUGUUCAAGCCCAAAGAGCUUAAAUUAUUUCACAAAAAAGAGAAGAUUUAAUACAUUCAUGUAUUGGUAGCCUACUUUUACUUAAGAUCCUUCAACAUUUCCUCCACCAGUACUUAUGAUGUACAGAUGGUAAACCCACCCUCGUCAAAUUAAGUCUACCAUAGGAAGGCUACUGUCAUUGAUUUUCACUGACGUUGUUGGCUCUGCGCCUUCAGAGAUCACACAUACAGCUAUUUUCAUGUGCACUAACAUUACAUCACGCUUUUAUCUAACACUGCACCCCGGCCUAAACGCAACACCACACACAAAGUCCUUAAAAUGAUCCAGCCAGGCGUCGAGGCGCGGUGCUGAAAGAGUUAAUCAGAUGUGGAAGAGAGGGCGCUGAGCUGCCAUGGAUCCACCUUCAGAGAGAUGCGGCGCCUCCUCACACAGCUGACUGGGAACACAGGUAGUACUUGUCCGUGACGGGCGCCCGGCAUACUUGUUGAUCUUCGGGCGAAACAACGGGGCAAUAUGCGGAGCAGGAAACCGGCGGAUACAGUAAUGAAAGAAAACAGGACCAACUGUAGUCCAUAGCCCUGGAUGUUUGCCUGCUCCCACAACAUAAUUCAUCAUGGAGAAAUCCUUGGCAGAGUUAAAUAAAGCUGGCUCGCGCUCAACGUCAUCACUGCCACCUGAACCAGUGGACAUCAUUCGCAGCAAGUCAUGUUUCCGCAGAGUCAGGCUGAAUGUUGGGGGUCUCCCACAUGAAGUCUUGUGGCGAACGUUAGAUAGGCUACCACGAACACGUUUGGGAAAGUUAAGAGACUGCAACACCCACGAAACUCUGAUGGAAGUGUGCGAUGACUACAACCUUGAGGAGAACGAGUACUUUUUUGACCGACAUCCGGGGGCAUUCACGUCAAUUCUGAACUUCUACCGCACGGGCAAGCUGCACAUGAUGGAAGAAAUGUGCGCCCUGUCGUUCAGUCAAGAACUCGACUAUUGGGGCAUUGACGAGAUCUACCUAGAGUCGUGUUGCCAGGCGAGGUACCACCAGAAAAAGGAGCAAAUGAAUGAGGAGCUCAAAAGAGAGGCAGACAAUUUAAAAGACAGAGAGGGAGAAGAAUUUGACAACACUUGCUGUGCUGAAAAACGGAAGAAACUUUGGGACCUCUUGGAAAAGCCCAGCUCGUCUGUUGCAGCAAAGAUCCUGGCCAUCAUCUCCAUCCUCUUCAUUGUGCUAUCCACCAUUGCCUUGUCUCUGAACACCCUUCCAGAGUUACAGGACACAGAUGAGUUUGGCCAGUCCACAGACAACCCACAACUGGCCCACGUCGAAGCUGUGUGUAUUGCCUGGUUUACCAUGGAGUAUCUGCUUCGCUUCCUCUCCUCCCCCAACAAGUGGAAGUUCUUCAAAGGUCCUCUGAACGUCAUUGACCUGUUGGCAAUCCUGCCAUACUAUGUCACCAUCUUUUUGACAGAAUCCAACAAGAGUGUGCUGCAAUUUCAGAACGUCCGCCGCGUUGUUCAGAUUUUUCGGAUCAUGCGUAUUCUGCGUAUUCUGAAGCUGGCACGCCACUCCACAGGUCUUCAGUCUCUGGGCUUUACCUUGAGGAGGAGUUACAAUGAGCUGGGCCUGCUCAUCCUUUUCCUGGCCAUGGGCAUCAUGAUCUUCUCCAGUCUGGUGUUUUUCGCUGAGAAGGAUGAGGAGGAUACAAAGUUUAAAAGCAUUCCAGCUUCUUUCUGGUGGGCUACUAUUACUAUGACCACAGUAGGCUAUGGAGAUAUCUACCCAAAGACUCUACUGGGAAAGAUUGUGGGUGGGUUAUGCUGCAUAGCUGGAGUAUUGGUGAUUGCCCUGCCUAUUCCCAUUAUUGUGAAUAACUUCUCUGAAUUUUAUAAGGAGCAGAAGAGGCAGGAAAAAGCACUUAAACGAAGAGAGGCCCUUGAGAGGGCAAAGAGAAAUGGUAGCAUUGUCUCAAUGAACUUGAAAGAGGCAUUUGCUCGUAGUGCAGAACUGAUGGAUGUGGUGGUGGAGAAGAGUGAGAGGCCUCAUGACAACCACCUCUCUCCAAGUCGUUGGAAAUGGACCCCCAAGAGGGCUGCAUCAGAGACAAGCUCAAAUCGUUCCUUCAACGCUCAGGAGUUAGGUUCUCCCAGCAAGGCCCGGGCUACCAGUCCCCAGAGGCUAAAUGUUCAGAAGCUAGAGGAGAUGUACAACCAGAUGGCAAAGACACAGUCACAACCCAACCUCAAUGCUAAAGACAGAGGCUCCAGAGUAAACAAACAGAGAGAUGAGAUAGAGUUGGGGGCCAUCCAAGAUCACAGGCCACCAGUCCUAGGAACCAGAGAGGGAGUGGGGGACAUGAAAAGCUUGUCCAGCAUUGACAGCUACAUAAGUUGUGCUACAGACUUCCAGGAGAAUCCACGCUUCCCCCAUAGUCCAGCAAUGGACCUUGGUCUUCAGGAAGGCAACCGGUUCUCCCACAGUCCGGCUACAGCUUUGUCCCAGCACGCCAGUACAAAAACAGGCCAGCAAACCACUGGGGAGCAUGAGCCCAUGCUGACCCCUGUGUCAGUCACAAAGCCCUCAUGCUCAGAGAAUGCAAGGAAAUUCUUCUUUUCUGGCAACUCCUCAAAAAGCCUUAUCCCUAAAGGAGGCUGCCGCAGUGAGGGGGAGUCAGGCCCGUCCCCGCUCUCAGACAACUCAGUCCUGUCAGACCACUCUCUGUUGAGUCCUGAAGUGUCAGUCUAUACCACUGCCAGUAGCAGGACACCACCGAAGUCCCCAGAGAGCACUGCCCUGGUCCCAACUGUCUUCACCUUCCACGACUCCUCCAUCAGCAAAUACAUUGAUGCCGAUACAGAUGAUGAUGAGCACCUUCGCGACAUCUCUGAUGCAAGUCCCUCAGAGCGUCUGUUGGCAGGAUCAAGCCCAAAACGCAGUAUCAACAUCAAUUACCAGAGGGGCACCAAUCAUUUAGAAGCAGCCCAGAAAAUGCUGGGCCAGAAUUGUCUGUUCCCCCUUGAAGGGAUUCGUGGGGUCGCUCUUGAGAAUCAUGUAGGACAUGAGAUGGCACGUAGACCAAAGGUUGAGAGGGGGCGUCAAAAUACUUUGGAUAAAAACCUCUGAGGUACAAGUGGAGCAGAAACAAACAGGAAACUGGGACCAGAGUGUUUGUGAUAAAGACACCAGACAGACUACAAACACUCCAUAAGCCAGAGACAAAGGAAGAGGGAGAGACAAGGGUCUCACUGAAACAUUUCACAAAUUACCUGAGCAUGCCAUUGGGCAACAAGCCCAAUGGCAUAAUAAGGUGAACAUGUGUGGUAAAUACUCUGGGAGAAAAACAUUUCUAAAUUGGAGAAUGUCACUGCCCCUCCUUCAGCUCAUUCCUAUUAGCGGUAUUCCACACCCACAAAACAAACGAGCACUCCCUGGUAGCCAAGAGGUCUGUUCAGAGAUCCCUGUGGAAGCAGGCUCGUCAGAGAAGUCAAGUUUUGUGGUUGAAACUGGUGUAACCCAUCUGAAUGAUGUGGUUUUAGCAGCAGGGGGUUAUCUCUAUAUUCUCUAGGAAAACAAAAUCCCAGCUGCCCACUGUCCCAUUACAGAGUCCCAGUUCAUUUUGUAGUCUUGGAGAUACAGGAGAGGACCUAGAAGCCUAUAAGCUACUUACUUGUGCCCUCCAUUCCCAAACCUGGCCUUAGUCAUUUGCAUUUGUUAGGGUGUGUAUGUCUGUGUGUGUGUGUGUGUGUGUGUGUGUGUGUGUGUGUGUGUGUGUGUGUGUGUGAAUGCUAAUGGAUGAUGUAAUUAUAAUUCAUGUAUACACACUCUUGAGAUUGUCUUACCUGAUUUAUUUUUAUAUAGCUAAGAGAAAGUUCCUUAUAGAAAUAUGUGAUUUGCUAGUCUCCUGUGUCAUAAUCAUAUGUGAAGAGUAAUCCUGUAUAAGGUUCAAUGUCUUGGCACAGAGGCUGCAGUUAUCAGAGGCUUCAGCCCAUCAUCCAUCAUAAUGAGCGCUACUUCUUGAACAGUAUUUUGCUAUCCCCUAUGUUAUCAUGUCUCUCGAAUCUCCAUCGGUGAAUAUUGUCUUAGCACCUCAGUGUCAUUUUCAAGGAUGAUAGCGGUGGACCAAGAAUUUUUGAUAUGGGCUAACAUAAGAGCCAGACAUAAUAAUCUUGAUUGCUGCAUAAAGCGCACAUUAAUGAAGCAUGCAUGCGCCCAACUGGCCAACACACAAAAACAUAAUGAGUUGCUUGUUCUUCAUAUCAAAAGAAAUAGUUAAAUAUGAGAAAAUCCUCUAAUAUUUUUUUUUAAUGUUUACAGCUUACUGACAUGAAGUUUAGAUUGCAGUAAUAGAUGUUCAGCAUGCAUUGGCCUUCCUCUGACCAACAUGAAAGCAGCCAAAGAGAUCACGCAGUUUCAGAUAAUAGAAGAUAAUGUACGUGUACAAGAUACUGGAAGCAAGGGAGUUAUCCACCUCUACCUUGUUCCUUAAACCAUCAAAAUAAACUUUAAUAGCACUGAAUAUACACAACCAGGUAAACUUUACUGUAAAUCAGUUGUAAUACCAGAACUGAUGAAACUCAUGCAUGAGCACACACUCACCCACAAAAGAUACAUACAGUUAUGGAAGACAAUCUUCAGGAUACAUAGAUAUACUUAGUUUCCAUGGUGACAGCAGUUGUCCUCAAAGGCUGACAGCAGCUCACCAACGGUUUGCUAAUUGGGGCGAGAGAGUCUGAUUGCAUGUAAUGUAUGCUCGCACAUAUAACAACAGACACAUACACACACACACACACACACACACACACAUAGACGCAUGCAUCCAUAACGUGACAGGUAUGCACAGUAGUUACAUAUUAGCAGAGCCAAUACUCACUGUGCACAUUCAUGAGUGCUGUGUAAAUGCACAAUUAUGAUGUGAGGACCUUGUACAUUGAUGUUUGUCUUAAAUCUUUGUAACAUUCCAUAAAUAAUUAUAAUUCCACACAAUAUAAAUGAUAUAAAUGAGGUUUGGUUUCUUGACUGUUAGGAACCCACGAUGCAUUCUCUUUUAUCUGUUUAUAUUGCCACAUAGCAGAGACAAACUCUUAUAUGUCUUAUAUAACAUAUAAGUGUCACUUACCAUAGUAAAAAUAACAGGCAGAUUCAUUAUACUGGUAUUAAAAGAAUGAAAGAAGGGAUGAAAGUGUUUUGUCUUCUAAAGAAGAGCAUAAAUGAUUUCAACUUGAAACGAAGAAAUUCAUUUUGCAACAAGCCACAGGCAGUGACAGAAAAUAAAAUUACGAACACAAUAGGAAUACUUGAAAAGUGUUGAUACUACUUUGAGAACUUCAAUUAAAUCAUACACAUCCUUUAAGAUCAUGCAUAGGAGAACAUGAGCAGAGUUACAAAUACAGCUCCUUGCUCCCUUGUGAAUUUUUUGUAAUCCCUUCACUGCCAACUCAACAAAUUCUCAAACAAAACUGAGCAAACUGAAAGCUUUCUUAGUCACUUUUUCGACACAAAGACAACAGUAAAGGAUGCUAUUAAAGAAGCAGUUGCACUAUUAAAAAUGUAGGUGGUGAGGGAAAUUUGUUUUGAAAGUCAACAGAAGGGGCUUGACAUACAUUUUUUAGUGUUGUGGUUAAGAGUGUAAUCACAAACCCUGAUUUCAUUUCCUGUUUUAAUCACAGAGUUGAACCAUUUCAUAUUGCUCUCCCAUGCUGAGAGGAGCUGAGGUGUGAAAGGAAUAGCAAUGACUGUGAGAGGCAGAUGGAACAGUGUGUACGUGUGUGUGUGUGUGUGUGUGUGUGUGUAUGUGUGUGUGUGUAUAUGUGUUUGUGUGUGUGUGAGUGUGAGUGUGUGUAUGGCUGCCGUAAGGCCAGGGCAUUAGAGCAGUGUGGCUGCCACAUAAUGGAAAAGAAUGAAGUGUUUCCAAUAUGAAUGUAUGCAUGUUGGAGGGGUGAUCCCGCUUUUGUUUUCUCCAUAUUCUGACUGUAACAUGCAACAGUAACAGACUCCAAGAGAACUCUAGUCAUAUGAGAAAUUAAGAUUACUUAAGCACACAUUUAAUUUCUGAAGUGUUACUUAAUUUACAGUUGAGGAGGGAAGGAUGGGAGGAGCAUCGUUAUAUAGCAACAAAACAAAUUUGCAGAUAAUUACGCAAGGUUAAUUUUAUGCAGCAUCAUAGUGUGAGCUCUUUUUUGUAUUCAAGUGAAAUGACUCAUGUUUUCCCUUUGUUGCAAAUAAACCAAAGUAUCUGUUAACAUCAGAAGCAGAGUUCACAAAAAAGAAAAACAAUCAUCCUCAAAAGGAUUUUAAAACAUUAACUUAGGCAUCGUCUGUAAAGAGGUGUUAAAAAAUUAAAUUAUGUGAUUUUUAAAAUGAGAAAAUAUGUCAUAUAUAUCUAAUAACAACUGGCUGCAGAUAUUCAACAUUUUCCAGAUGGUCUCUAGUGAUUUUUAAAAGUCUCCCCCAAGUCACUUGUUAUGAAUGGCUGCUCCUUAAUAUUCAUGCAAGAAUUUAUACUUUCCCCAUUAAAAAAUGCAUAAUUCUUCACAUCACAUUGUGAGGUUGGAGUGGCAUGGGUUCAAAUUCACAAUGAAAAAAACUUGAUAAACAUGCAAGCUUGGUUCAAUACAUUUUAUUUUGUUUUGUUAAGAUGGUAACAUUUGGUUCACGUGUUAGCUUCUGAUUAACUCUUUCAUUGCGCUGUACCUCAUGAAAAGUCAAGGCCAAUGUAUGCCAAACAUUUCGACAUCUUUAAACCUGUUACAUCUGUGGCAAUUUGUUUUCUAAAGUUGUCCUUCUGAGUGCAUAAUAUCAUUUAAAAACUCUAAUACAAAGGGCAUUCAGAUCACACAACUCCCCCUGAAGCCCCCCUCAUGUGAGCUUCUGUCCUGUCAUUUAGGUUUUAUAUAUUAUGGUAGUCAGGGACCAUUUUUCACUGGAAUAUCUCUCAACAAUGAUGACAAUCAAUAGUUCAUGAAUAGGCAGCAAGCACUACUGUAGAGAACUGAGAUUUAUUAAGGGCACAUAUUACAAAAAUGUGCAACCAUGUGCAUACACACACAAGUAUUGAAAUCUUGACACUAUAGUACUGAUACUCUUAGGCCUUCAGACAAGGUAGUGCAAAGAAACACCAAGCAUGACAUUGUGAUUUGAUACCUAGACUGUGAUACUGUGACAUGUUACCACCAUAAUACAAAAAAAAAGAAAAAAAAAACAUCUAUUUUUACAAAUCAUCUUUGUUUUUAUUUUAUUGGGCACUUUACUCCCCUUCAUUUCCAAGGGAGCCAUUCAAAUUUACAAACUAGUUUAAAAGAGCUUUUAAUUUCACUGAGAUCCCUGUGGAGAAAUUCUGAUAUGAAUCAAAGGACUAAACCAUCAUGCUUUACAAGGAAAACCCAAUCAAGUGACUUGUUUUAUUUCUCAUUUAUUGAUACAAAUUAAGAUGAAGAGCACAGAUUCUCAAACUUUUCCAUUACAAGACUCCUAACUGUACAGUAAAUGCAUUUAGCUGAAAUCUAAAAUAGAGUUAGGUUGUUGCACCUGCUGCUAAAUUUAACUGUAAAGAGGUUCAAGUCUUUUUCAUCUUUGUUAUAACCCCAUAGGACCCUUUCAGGGACAUGUGGUAGUUUCAAAAAACCCAGUGAGAACCACUGCUUUAGCAAGUAGCCCAAUUCCACACACUCUGAAUCUAACACUGUAUUACAGGGUUGGGGUCGAUUCAAGAUGCCUUGAUGAAGUAAAACAAACAUCACACAUGACACUAUAUAGGGAACCAGUAUUAGAGCAUGACACAAAUUAAACCUAGUACAAAUUAAAAACAUAAACUAUAUUUUUUCUACAUUUUAAGCUCUCAGUGGAAUUGACCCCAACCUUGCCUAAGCCAUCAGUCUUUGUAAAGUACACUGUUUCCAGGGAAUUGAAAAAAGAUAUUUGAACGACCAUAGCCAGCUCUUAUACAAUGUUGUUUGUAGGUCCCGAGGCUGUCUGUUUUGUAAAAAAAAAACAAAAAAACAUUUUUACCUGUUGACUUUCUAUGCUGUUGUUUCUGUAUAAAUGUUCUAUUGUUCAGUGCAUGUUGUAACUUUGGCGUUGUGACUGGUUGUGAUUCACACAGAGCCAGUACUUGUCAUGUAAAAACAAAAAGUGUCUCAAUGUCCUAAGAUAUUUCUAUUUCUUAAGAAAAGCAACAUUUCCCUUUGAUGACUCAAAACGAAAUAAAUCAGAUCACUUUACAUUUUGA